AUGGAGUUAGUUUACAAGGUGUAUUUGGUUUUCCUGCUUCCUUUGCCUUGCAUUGGAGCAGACUGGGAUCUUGCUCAGAGGUUUAUAUCUAUUGCUGGUCCUCUUACUGAUGAGAUAGUAAGUAAUUUAAACUUCCAAGGCGAACAUAUACAAGAAACUGCUCUUAAUCCUGUACUGGCCCAGUCAGAUUAUCUUUGCCAUUGGCCUUCACUCUCUUUCUUGCCAUCGUACUUUGAUGAUCUUAAUGAAAACGGCGUGACCCACUUUAAGGUUUUCUUGCCCUGGACUCAUAUCCUCCCGGAGGCGAAUGCUCAAAACCCCAAUGAGACAAACGUUGAAUGCUACAAGCAACUUCUCAGAACUCUCAGAGCUGCUGAUCUGAAACCAGUUUUAAUUCUACACCGAAAAAGUUUUCCGAAGUCCUUAAGCACCCAGCUUGCUUUGAGCGAGUCUACAACUUUUGCUGACCUUUUUGCGGAGUAUGCAGAGUUUUCCUUUCGGUCUUUUGGUGCUUUUGUUGACACCUGGCUCACUUUUAGCAACCUGCCUGAGAACACAGAGGGACUGCCUGAUGGAGCCCUUCCUCUCCAGAUGCUAGCUUCAGCACACGAAAAAGCAUAUAAAAUCUACCAUGAAAAAUAUUCUUCAGAAGGUAAUGAAAUGAGGGCAAGAUGGAACAAUAACUCUUUAGAUUUUCUCUCUCUCAGCCUACAGUACAACUGUAAAAGGGAGGAAAGUAUCAAAAAUAUGCUGAAUGAACUACAGGAUGUCAUAAAUUAUAUGGAAGUUUGGCUCUUUAGUCUAAAAUUCCAUGACUGUUCUUCCAUGCAAGAAAACCUAUUCAUGUCAGUAGCUUCCAUUUUCAGUGUCCUUUAUGAAGACCGAGCAUUGGCAACAGGAUAUGAUAUGAGUUACUUCUUGGACAGCUCAUCUAUUCAAGCAGCUCGCUCCUACACAGAAAAUCGAGCCAUUCAACCAAAGCCAAAGGAGACACUGCUAUCAGCCAUUAACCUGCCUUCUUCAUAUCAAAGUGUUUGGGAAACAUUUGCUAACCAGUCCGCAUUGGAAAGAGACUCUUUCUUUCUGGGUGUUUUCCCUCGUGGCUUUCUCUGGGGCACAUCAACAGGAUCUUUUAAAGUUGAAGGUGCCUGGGCAGAAGACGGAAAAGGAGAGAGUAUUUGGGAUCGAUAUGGGCAUCAAGGCCAAGCCCACAUGAAUCAAACAGCUGACAUUGCAUGCGACAGCUACCACAAGGUUGACUAUGAAACUUACCUGCUUAGAGGGCUUCGGCCGAAGAUCUACAAGUUUUCUAUAUCGUGGCCUAGGAUUUUUCCCAAUGGGAAUAAGAACAGCUUGAAUUCUCGAGGGGUGGAUUACUACAACAAACUCAUAGACAGCUUGCUGGAUUCUAACGUUGAACCCAUGGUGACCUUGUUCCACUGGGAUCUGCCGCAAGCUCUGCAGGAUCUUGGCGGUUGGCAAAAUGAGAGCAUCAUCACUGCCUUUGUGGACUAUGCUGCUUUCUGCUUUGCCACUUUUGGGGAUCGGGUUAAGUACUGGAUUACCUUCCACGAACCCUGGGUCAUUAGCUAUGCUGGCUAUGGCACUGGGCAGCAUCCUCCGGGAAUUGUUGAUCCAGGAGUGGCAUCUUAUCAGGUGGCUCAUGUUAUUCUCAAGGCUCAUGCCCAAGCCUGGCAUAUUUAUGAUGCCCAGUAUCGUGACAAACAGCAUGGCAAGGUGGGAAUAGCAUUGAAUUCCGACUGGGCUGAACCCAAGACCCCAGGAAGUCUCGAGGAUCUGAGAGCAGCGGAGCGCUACAUGCAUUUUAUGUUGGGCUGGUUUGCUCACCCAAUAUUCGUCAAUGGCGACUACCCGGACAUUCUGAAAUCCCAGAUUGAGCAGAUGAACCAGCAGUGCUCUUCUCCAAUUGCCAAACUCCCCGUCUUCACCGAUGAGGAGAAGAAACUGGUGAACGGGACAGCCGACUUUUUUGGCUUUUCUCAUUACACUUCCCGGCUCAUCAGUGCUUCAGCUAAUCCCACCUGCGCUCCAAACUAUGGAAAUAUUGGGGGCUUUUCUGAACAUGUGGACCCUUCUUGGCCCCCGACUGCUUCACCAUGGAUUUUUGUGGUGCCCUGGGGGCUAAGGAGAUUGCUGCAGUUUGUGUCCAAAGAAUACACAGGGGAAAAGAUCCCCAUUUAUAUAGCAGAGAAUGGCGCCCCCACAGAUGAUAGAGGCGAUUUCGUUAAUGAUACUAUGAGAUUGGAUUACUAUCGUCUCUAUAUCAAUGAGGCUUUAAAAGCUAUAACGCUAGAUGGUGUUGAUGUCCAGUCAUACAUUGCCCGAUCUUUGAUUGAUGGCUUUGAAGGCACUGCAGGUUAUAGUCAACGGUUUGGCCUUCACUAUGUGAAUUUCGAAGAUGCAAACAGACAACGGACACCAAAAGAAUCUGCAUAUUUCUUUUCUACCGUUGUUGAAAAUAACGGAUUUCCUCAUUCAGUCAGAAGAAAAUCUCUUCAGCCACUUGGAAAGGAUGCUUCCAUACCUCCAAGGUUGCCCAGUUUACCAGCUUCGGAGGUUCCCUCAAAAGCAAAAGUGGUUUGGGAAAAGUUUUCCAACCAGACUAAGUUGGAAAGAGACACGUAUUUUUAUGGCACUUUCCCAACAGAUUUUCUAUGGGGUGUCUCCACUUCUGCCUACCAAAUUGAAGGAGGUUGGGAUGCAGAUGGGAAGGGACCUAGCAUAUGGGAUAACUUUACCCACAUCCCAGAGAAUAUUAAAAACAACGAUACGGGCAAUAUAGCUUGUGAUAGCUACAAUAAAGUAGAUGAAGACCUUUACUUACUGGGAGCCUUAAGGGUAAACAGUUAUCGCUUCUCCCUCUCUUGGCCUCGAAUUUUUCCAGAUGGAAGAAACCAUUCCAUAAAUAGCUAUGGCGUUGAUUAUUAUAACCGACUGAUUGAUGGUUUGCUGGCCCGAAAUAUCACACCAAUGGUCACCCUCUACCAUUGGGAUCUGCCGCAAGCUCUACAAGACAUUGGUGGCUGGUUGAACCCCGAGAUGAUUGAACUCUUUGAUAGUUUUGCAGACUUUUGUUUUCAGACUUUUGGAGAUAGAGUCAAGUUCUGGAUUACUUUCAACGAGCCUGUCGUGAUUUCCUGGCUGGGCUACGAUAAUGCAAUCUUCCCACCAAAUGACAAAGACGAUCCGGGCUAUGCAGCCUAUAAAGUUACUCACACCCUAGUGAAGGCACAUGCCAGAGUCUACCACACGUAUGACCAGAAAUACAGAGAUAGACAGAAAGGUGUCAUUUCUUUGAGUCUUAACAUAGACUGGGCUGAGCCAAAGGUGCCAAAUGAGCCCCGGGAUGUGGAAGCAGCCGAUCGUUCCCUGCAGUUCAUGGGAGGAUGGUUUGCCCACCCCAUUUUUAAAAAUGGUGAUUACCCAGAUGCCAUGAAGUGGAAAGUGGGGAACAGGAGUGAACUGCAGAAACUGCCGUCUUCCCGUCUUCCGGUUUUUACUGAAGAAGAGAAAAAAUAUAUCAAGGGCACAGCUGAUGUCUUCUGCUUGAACUAUUACUCUGCCAAGAUCAUAAAGCACAAGACUUCCCGGCUCAGACCAUACUCUUAUGAGGACGACCAGGAGCGGGUAUUGCAGACUGAUGCAUCUUGGCCUACCUCAGCAGUGAAAGAUAUGCAAGCAGUGCCCUGGGGGCUGCGAAGGCUGCUCAACUGGAUCAAAGAAGAAUAUGGCAACCCUCCCAUUUAUAUUACUGAGAAUGGGGUUGGGAUAAAAACCACGUCCGAUGUCGAUGAUAACAGCAGGAUCUUUUACCUCAAAACCCACAUUGACGAAGCUUUGAAAGCCUACAAUCUGGAUGGAGUGAAUCUUCGAGGUUAUGUAGCUUGGUCUUUUAUGGAUAGUUUUGAAUGGCUAAAUGGUUAUGAGCCAAGAUUUGGCCUGCACCAGGUUGAUUUUAACAAUCCAAACAGACCAAGGACUCCAAAACGUUCUGCUAUAUAUUAUUCUGAAAUCAUACGUCAACAUGGGAUCCCGCUACCCAAAGGGGAGGAGUUCCUUUAUGGAGAGUUUCCAAAGAACUUCUAUUGGAGUGUGGCGUCGGCAUCAUAUCAGAUUGAAGGAGCCUGGAGAGCUGAUGGGAAAGGCCUCAGCAUUUGGGACCAGUUUGCUCACACUCCUUUGAAAAUCAGCAAUGAUGAAAAUGGCGAUAUCGCUUGUGACAGCUACAACAAGAUGGAGGCAGACUUGGCUAUUCUGAAAGAACUCAAGGUGACUCAUUAUCGUUUCUCCAUCUCCUGGCCUCGCGUUCUCCCCGAUGGGACCACCAAGCAUAUCAAUGAAGCUGGACUGAACUACUACGAGAAGUUUGUGGAUGCUCUCCUGGCAGCCAAUAUCCAGCCUCAGGUAACUAUGUACCAUUGGGACCUUCCCCAAGCCCUUCAGAACAUUGGAGGGUGGGAAAAUGAGACCAUAAUCGAGAGAUUUAAAGACUAUGCGGAACUCCUUUUUCAAAGGCUUGGCGAGAAAGUGAAAUUUUGGAUAACCUUGAACGAGCCCUAUUCCAUUGCCAAUAUUGGUCAUGGUUAUGGAGUAUCUGCUCCAGGCAUCUCUUUCAGACCAGGCCGAGCCCCUUAUAUAGUGGGGCAUAACUUGAUCAAGGCCCACGCGGAAGUUUGGCAUCUGUACAAUGAAACGUACCGUCCCAAACAAGGAGGAGUGAUCUCCCUUGCCAUCAGCGUGGAGUGGGCGGAACCAAGGAACCCUUACAAACAGGAGGACCUGGAUGCUGCCAGGAGAUAUGUCCAGUUCUUUGCUGGUUGGUUUGCUCAUCCUAUUUUCAAAACUGGUGACUAUAGUGAGCUGAUGAAAAGGAGGAUACAAGAGAGGAGCGUGGGCAAAUCACGACUCCCCGAAUUUACUGAGAGUGAAAAGCAACGGAUUAAAGGCACCUAUGACUUCUUUGGUUUAAAUCAUUAUACCACAAUACUGGCCUACAACUUAAACUAUCCUGCUCUUAUUACAUCCUAUGAUGCUGAUAGAGGCGUUGCCUCCAUCACAGACCGCAGCUGGCUGGGCUCUGGUUCCUUUUGGCUGAAAGUCACCCCGUUUGGCUUCCGAAGGCUUCUGAAGUGGAUCAAGGAAGAAUACAAUAAUCCACCUAUUUAUGUGACUGAGAACGGGAUUUCGGAGCGUGUAGACGGGGGCUUCGAUGACAUUUGGCGAAUAGAUUACUUAAAGAGUUACAUCAAUGAAGCUUUGAAAGUUGUAGUUGAUGGUGUUGAUCUGCGAGGCUACACGGUAUGGAGCUUGAUGGACAAUUUUGAAUGGGCAGUGGGCUUUGCAGAAAGAUUUGGGUUAUAUUACACCAACUACACAGAUCCCAAUCUAUCCAGAAUUCCAAAGAAGUCUGCAAGAUAUUAUUCAUCUAUCAUCCAGUGUAAUGGCUUUCCAGAUCCAGCCAAUGGGCCUCAUUUGUGUCUAGAGCCACAACCUGAAGGUACUAAUCUACCACCUACUGCCACUAGUCCCUCCCCUAGCAACUCAACGGAGUCUAUUGACCAUUCAGCCCUUGAAAUGGUGCGAUUUUUGGGACUGGACUUGACUUCAUCUCGUGCAGAAAUAGCCCUUUAUGCGCUGUUUGGACUAUUCCUGGUGGCUAUACUAGGCCUUGCUCUUUUUUCUUAUGUAUAUAGAAAAACUACCAAAAAAAGCCCAGCAAAAGUGUCUGUUGAACUAAAUAAAUUGUAAACUACAAUAUGUUUUGUCUUCUGAAGAGACUUUGAAUGGCUUGAAGUCUAAGCUGACCCACUAUGGCUCAUAGUGCUACUGAAAGUGAAUGGUCACAUUUACAUGGAGGGGCAUGUAUACUCAUCAGAACUGUACCCCAAUUCGCAAUUCAGAGCUAGGGAUCUUUUUCCUGUGAGGUGAAUGGCUUUUUGUGCAAAACAAGAAGCAUACAGAUAAGGGAUGCCCAUUGCUACUAUGAUUCCAGAUCCUUAAUUGAUGAUGCUUUGGAACACUACACAGCAAGAUACAAUCUAGGCUCUAAAUCUGAAUGAGGAAGUAAUUAGCCCUUAAGUAGAGUACUAUGUUCAACACUUACAUGCUUAAUCCAGAUCUGUAUUCAGUACAUUUCCCUGCAAAUGAACUGAUAACAAAAAUCUACA